AUGCGAGAAACACUCCUUCCCACGGUCGGUGCAUACAUAUCGUACCUGCACUUGUGGUACCGCCAGCAGCAGAGCCACCAAGCUUGCAGGCAGCAGCAGGGAGAGGAGACGGCGGUUGACAGUGGGGGGGUGGAGGAGAAGGUUGGGCAUAGGAUUGUGGGGGUGAGUGAGAAGAUGGGGGACGAGGAGGGGAGCGAGAAGGGAGAAGAGGAGGAGAAAGGGAAGGGAGGAGAGGAGGGAAAAGAGGAGGGAGAGGAGGGAAAAGAGGAAGUAGGGAGAAAAGAGAUGGGAGAGGAGGGAAACGAGAAGGGAGAAAUUGAGGGAGAGGAGAAGGGAGGGGUUGCGAAAGGAGGGGAGGAGGGAGGGGAUGGUGGAAGAGAGGAGAAAGGAGGGGAGGAGGUGGAAGAAGAGCAUGAGGGUGCGAAGGAGAGUGAGAAGGAGAGUGAGAAGGAGAGUGAGAAGGAGAGUGAGAAGGAGAGUGCGAAGGAGAGUGAGAAGGAGAGUGAGGAGAGUGAGAAGGAGAGUGCGAAGGAGGGUGAGAAGGAGAGUGUGAAGGAGGGUGCGAAGGAGGGUGAGGAGGAGGGUGAGAAGGAGGGUGAGAAGGAGCGUGAGGAGGAGGGUGAGGAGGGUGAGGAGGAGGGUGAGAAGGAGCGUGAGGAGGAGGGUGAGGAGGGUGAGGAGGGUGAGGAGGAGGGUGGGAAAGAGGGCGAGGAGGAAGGUGAGAAGGAAGGCAAGAGGGAGGGUGAGAGGGAAGGUGAGAAGGAAUCAACUGCCCAUACUCCCCUCGUCUCUACUCCUCCCCCCGUCUCUUCACCCCACGCCCAUGGAUCCUCCGCCCUCCCCUUUCCCCCGCUCAAUCUCCCCCUCCUCUUGGCCCGUCUCAUCCGCACCCGCCCCCUCCUGGCUCGCCGGCUGCUCUCCCCACUUCCGCCCCUCCUGCCCAUUCCGUCCCUCCUGCCCCUUCCGCCCACCCACCUCCUUCAAGGAGGUGGGGAAAGGGCAAGGGAGAAGGACGGAGAAGGGGAGAUGGCUGAACGGGAGAAGGAUCAUGUGCUGGAUGUGAUGGGAGGGAGAGAUGGGAGAAGGAGAGAGGAAGAAGACGAGGAGAUGGCGGAUGUUAGGGCUGAAGAAGGGGAAGAAAAUCUGGAACGCCCGCCUUGGUCGCCUGUGGCCCUGGAGGGAGGGAUGGGAAAGGGUAUGGGAGAGGGGGUAUGGGGGCGGGUAAGGGAGGGAAGGAGGGCUGACGGUGAGGAGUGGGUUCUUUUCGCCCCUGCUGCUGCUGCUGCUGCUGCUGCUGCUGCUGCAAGCACGGACAGUGCGGAUGCAUCUUCUGCAGCACGCAUGGACGGCACAGGUGCAUCUGCUGCUCUCCCUCCUGCUCCCCCUGGGCUUGUCCUCAUUCCGUUGGUGGUUGUGAGAGCUGCUGUGGACGUGCUGUUGCUGCUCGCCUCCCAUCCUGCUCUCUCAUCAACCCCCACCACCACUGCUCUCUCUUCUCCGGCUGUUGCUGCUCUCCCUGCUCCUCCUGCUGCUCCCAGCACGAUGGGGCGGCUUGUGCGCGUGUUGGAAGGACUUGUUGGGCUGCAACAGGGGGAUGAAGCCGCUACUGCAGGUGAGGCGCGUGGGGAAGAGGAGGAGAAGCGUGGUCGGUGCAAGGGGGAGCGUGCAGAGCAAGAGGUGGCGCAGGUGGCGCAGGUGGCGCAGGUGGCGCAGGUGGAGGAGGAGGAGGAGGAGGAGGAGGAGGAGGAGGAGGAGGAGGAGGAGGAGGAGGAGGAGGAGGAGGAGGAGGAGGAGGAGGAGGAGGAGGAGGAGGAGGAGGAGGAGGAGCAGGAGGAGGAGGAGGAGCAGGAGGAGCAGGAGGAGCAGGAGGAGCAGGAGGGGCAGGAGGAGCAGGAGGAGGAGGCAGCACAGGGAGAGGACUUGCAGGGAGGAAAGGCAGGAGGCUCGCUCCCCAGUGCAGAGAAUGAGGCCAAGGCUUUACCUGUUGGAGAGGAUGUGAGGGGGGAAGGAGGUGGGGAUGAGGUGUGGAGUGUGUGGGCUGUGCGGGAAUCGGCGCAAGCCGCUCUUGGAUUCAUUGCAAGUUCGCUCGAGAGAGUUGGGAGUGGUGGUCAAAUCCGUGUGCUCGCUACGGUGCGAUCUCAGCCGUCCGUUUUUGCUUUGUCAUCCAAGGAAGCUGCGGGGCUCGCUCAGAUCGCUGCUGCUGAGCUGGCAGUUUCUGAUUGGCUGAUCGAGCACGCCGUUUGUCAAAAGGACGUGUUGAAACAGCAAGCAGAGGGAAGCAGGGCAGAUGGAGGAGGAACUGGUUGGGAUGCUGAAAGUGGCGAUGGUGGUGGUGGUGGUGGCAGCAGCACCCGUGCAAGCCGGGCGAUUGUGGAUGAACUGUGUCGACUCACUGAGCAGCAGCAGUGGAACCACCAGCAGGGCAAUCAAAACCAUCGUUUUAUGGCAGAAGCUGCGUGGAAGCUUCUCGCAGGCCUCUACUGCACAGCACCAGAUGCACUUUCCAGGCACCUUCCUGAGCCGCGGGUGGAUUGGAAGGGUCGUGUGGCAUCUCGGUUUGCCCCUGAAAGAUACGCCCGGGCAUCUGAAACUCUCUCCUCAUUGGUCCGCGCUCUCCAGCAACUCGUUCAGUCCUGCCUGCCCGGAACUUCUUCCGGGCAGGAAACCAAAUUGGCACAGCUGCAGGACCUCAUCCCCUUGGUGACCUGCUCGUCCCAGUCACUCAAGUCAGCAGCUGUCAACGCCUUCUCCUCUGCCCUCGUGCUGCUCUCCGCCCUCCAACCCUCCCUUCUCGCCCUCUACAACCCAGCACUGGGUAACCCUAAUCAGCAAGCAGGCUCCCAUCUCAGGAGCUUAGAUCUAGUGCGCGCGCACAGGGGCGGCGCGUUGGCGCACGCAGCGAAGCACUUUGGGAAGGUGAAGAAGCUGAAGCUGCUGCUCGCAGCACUAGACUCCAGAGACAAACUCACUGUGGAGAGAGAGGGUGAAGGCGAGGGAGGGGAUGGGUCCCUGGGGAAUUGGGUGGGGUUGAGCGCGAGGCUGGUGUGUGUGCUGCAAGGCUCAGCGAGUGGUGCUUUAGUUGAGGACGAGGGGUGGUUGUCAGGAGAUGAUGCCUCUGCUGCUGCUGCUGGCAUUGCUGCUGCAGCAGUAGCAGGAGCAGGAGAGAGGGGGAAUGUGGAAGCAGUGAUGGGGGUGCUACAGGAGAUAGAGUCAUUAGCAGCACAGCAACCAGCUAGACUAGCCCUCCUGCAGCAACCUCUCUGUUUAGCUCUUCACUGCUGCCCGUUCCCCCACUCUCCCUCUCUUCCCUCCUCCCUUGCUGCGGCUGCUGGUGGGGUGGAAGGGAAGGUGGAUGGGGGGAUGGUGGUGGAUGCGGUGCUGAGGCUGCUGGAGCGAAUGCUGCUGCAUGCCUACAGGUGA